ACUGGCUGCAACCCGCCAUGUCGGACAAGAUGGCGGCGGCCGCAGCCUCUCCUCAGCCGCAGCCGGGCCCGGGUCCACCGGCGGCGGAGGCGGAGGGCGGGGGCUCGCGCGGCGGCGGGGUGGAUGGGGAGGUGGAGGCGGAGGAGUUCGGGUGCCCGGCGCACUGCUCCGACCUGGCCUGGCGGCAGAACGAGCAGCGCCGCCACGGCCUGUACUGCGACAUCACUCUGGCCUUCGGCGGCGGGCGGCCCGGGGCGGCCCGCGAGUACCGGGCGCACCGCUCCGUCCUGGCCGCCGCCACCGAGUACUUCACGCCGCUGCUCUCGGGGGGCUUCGCGGAGUCGCGCUCGGGCCGCGUGGAGCUGCAGAAGUGGAGCUCGGAGGGCGGCCCCGACCCCGACACGGUGGAGGCCGUCGUCGGCUUCAUGUACACAGGCACCAUCCGCGUCAGCCCCGGCAACGUCCAUGAGGUGCUGGAGAUGGCGGACAGGUUUCUGCUGACCCGGUUAAAAGAGUUCUGUGGGGAGUUUCUGAAGAAGAAGCUCAACCUCUCCAACUGCGUUGCGGUUCACAGCUUAGCCCACAUGUAUUCCUUGAAUCAGCUGGCCCUCAGAGCUCAGGAUAUGAUCAGGAGAAACUUCUACAAAGUUAUCCAAGAUGAGGAGUUCUACACUCUGCCCUUUCACCUCAUCAGAGACUGGCUCUCAGACUCGGAGAUCACAGUGGACUCUGAAGAAAUCCUCUUCGAGACCGUUUUGAAGUGGGUUCAGAAAAAUCCUGAGGAACGAGAGAGGUACUUUGAAGAUCUCUUUAAACUGCUUAGGUUGUCUCAGAUGAAACCCACCUACCUUACUCGCCACGUCAAGUCUGAAAGGCUGGUAUCGAGCAAUGAAGCCUGUGUUAAAUUAGUGUCCGAAGCUGUGGAGAGUCAUGCCUUGCGGUCUGAGAACCUGCAGUCUGGUAAUCUACAACAUUCCACUUGUCCUGUAGCGUUGUUGCCGCGUUUUGGACAAAACAUGGACGUCAUUAUGGUGAUUGGUGGUGUAUCGGAGGGAGGAGAUUACUUGAGUGAGUGCGUAGGGUAUUUCAUCGACGAAGAUAGGUGGGUAAACUUACCGCACAUACAUAAUCAUCUUGAUGGGCAUGCUGUUGCUGUGACAGAAUCUUACGUUUAUGUGGCUGGCUCCAUGGAGCCAGGGUUUGCCAAGACUGUAGAAAGGUACAAUCCAAACAGAAAUAUCUGGGAGCAAGUCUCAAAUCUAAUAACCAGAAAGCAUUCUUUUGGCCUUACUGAAGUUAGGGGAAACUUGUACAGUAUUGGUGGACAUGGCAAUUUCAGUCCUGGCUUUAAAGAUGUGGCCAUUUAUAAUCCCGAGCAAGACAAAUGGCUUAACCUGGAGUCAGCACCAAAGAUUCUCCGUGAUGUCAAAGCUGUUUCUGUAGAAGACCGGUUUGUGUAUGUUGCUGCUCGUACCCCAGUUGACAGUGAUAGCGAAGAUGGGUUGAGGGCAGUUAUUAUCAGAUACGAUGCUGAAACAAGGCAGUGGCAGGAUGUGGAGUCUCUGCCGCUCAUUGAUAAUUAUUGCUCUUUUCAGAUGUCUGUUGCUAACACAAACUUUUACCAUACAGCAUCGUGCUGCCCCAAGAGUUACCCUAUAGAUAAUGAGGAAGCCAAGAUAAAGAUCUCUGGCAGGGCCUCGGAUGAAAUACUUGAAAGCUUGCCCCCAGAGGUUCUUAGCAUUGAAGGAGCAGCUAUUUGUUAUUAUAAAGAUGAUGUUUUCAUCAUUGGGGGGUGGAAGAACAGCGAUGAUAUUGACAAACAAUACAGGAAAGAGGCCUAUCGUUACUGUGCUGAGAGAAAGCGCUGGAUGCUUUUGCCUCCUAUGCCUCAGCCUCGCUGCAGAGCAACAGCCUGCCAUGUCAGAAUUCCGUUCAGGUGCUUACAGGGAACACAAAGAUACCCUAUGCCACAAAACUUGAUGUGGCAAAAAGAUAGAAUAAGGCAAAUGCAGGAAAGGCAGAUGCAAGAAAUACACCGACACUCCCUAAGCUUGCGGAGAAUGCCACGCUCACAGAUCGAGUGCUAGUUUCUUGAAUAUCACUCCUCCUGAUUAAUCUAGGAAAUACUGUGCUAAACCAUUUUGCUAGGCUUGAUAUGUCUUUAUAAGACAUGAGGGUUUUGAUUGGAUUUGAUGCAUAAAACCACCAUCUUUUCUUAAUUUUCAAUACAUAAGCUCAGAAGUUGAGGAUGGGUGGGAAUUGAGAAACUAUGUUAGUCCAACAGUAUUACUUAAUGGUGCCCAGGGAAGAACUAGCCUGUGUAACGGGCUGUGAAAUAUCUCCCAGAACAUUAAGUCUGUUAUUUCUCUCUUCAGAUCUUUGUUUUCAAGGAUUUCUGUAGAGUUACUCUCUAACAGUCCUAUUUUGAAAAUCAAAUAUCUCUACCUUAAUAAUUUAGCUGUUACAUUUGUGUGUGCUUGAAAGCACCUGUUUUAUUUGCACUUAUAUAUUGACAUUCCUUUGAUUCACUCCUCCUCAGUGACUAAACUUCACGUAGAGUUGGUGUUACUGUACUUCGCUUUCCCAAGUUGGAGGCAAGUGCAAUAGUUACAUAUGAGAACAAAAGCACAAUCUUUCUUUAUAAAAUUACUUCAGGAUGUUUCUAUGUGUAUCAAAUAUUUUGUAUCUGUAUGUUGUAGAGAGGCUGCAAAGUUUAUAAAUGGAUGAUUGGUAGAACACAAGACAUGCUAAAACAGAGAACUUGAGGCAGUAGGUUUUUUUAGGUGUAUCUGAAGAUGCUUUGAGUUUGUCUUUGACAGCUUCAUUAGAGACUUGGGGCAAUGAUCAGCCUGAUAAAAGGAGUGAAAACCAGCGAAGUAGCAACUCACCAACAUGGACUGUUCACUUCUGUCAGUGUGGACUAGUGAGAAUUAGAUAAUUUCACGUUAAUAGAUUGAAACCUGAGCUACUUCUAGGUCCUUUUUCAAAUGUUGCACAUGUUUUAAUUCUAGUGAAAAAGUGAUCAGAACGCCCACGAGCCUGUUUCCAGCCUGUCUUUGACAAUCAGUACCCUUUGCCUUCGGUAUACUUUCCUGAGAAACUUUCCUGAGUAGCUGUGCUGCAGCGCUCCUUAACAAACCAGCGCUUGGCCUUCCUCUUGAAGGGAGAUAGUUGGCUCUCAGUUACUGAUGACAAGAACAUUUUUAGAGGCACCUGGAGGUUUUUGCAGUCUUUAAAUAUUUUCAUUUACCCACAUGCUGUGGCGGUAAGAUUUAACCUGAUUUAAAUACCUUUUGGCGUUUUGAGGUGGUUUUACAUAAACCAGUGCCCUGGUUGGCCCAGGUUUGCUUACUGCUACACCCCCAAGGAACAGAGUGUGGACUAUUUCCUUCAGAGCAUCACUGCCUCUUGGUUGACUGUCCCACUGAACACUCCUCCUCCCUGAUCCAAAGAGCUCCAGGACAGCUUAGGUUACUAGUGGAUUCAGUGCAUCCUUCCUACCUCCUUUUCUUCCCCAUGCUUCCCUUCAUUUGAAUAUUCCAGGUUUUCACUGCAGCUGAACUCAGGAUCUUAGCGAAGGGAAGGGGAAAGGGAGGAAUAAACAGGGUGUUCCAGAAUUUGUGUAGACAAACAUUGGAGAAUCUGGUUACUGUCGUUGGUUCAUAUGAUGAUUUGCUGGUGGUUUUGAUGUGGGCAUCAUCUUUGCAAAAGAACUUCUAAACAGUUUGGUGUUUUGUUUUGUUUUGUUUUUUUAAUUGUUUAGCUUUCUGAGCUGAUACUUCUCAUUUUCCAAUUCAGCAGGCAACCUAGAUCAUAUCUGAAACACUGGGUAAGUCUUUCAACCACAUAGUGUGUAUAGGUUCUCUGAUGUGUACGUCCCUUAAUGCUCAGCUUUGCAGUUCACUUGCUACUUCUGAUAUCAAUAACUUGUCUUUCUGAAACAGAAUAAUCUAGCCUUGUUAUAAAAAAAAAAAACCCAAAACAAACCUUGAAAAUCCUAAAUUUAGUCUCAGUUUACUUAUCUGUGGUAACUGUGUUGUGUUUUAUUUGCCUGUUGGAUUGUUAAGUUGUACGAUGCUGGCCUAAUGUAAGAGAGGAAUUAGGUAAACUUGUUUAGGUUUAAGGCUGGUGUUCAGAAGUGCCUGUUACCAAAUCAGCUCAUGCAGACCUGAAGGCAAGGGGUUAAUCAGUGGAGUCUGUCCCAAAUCUGCAAGAGCUGAUAGCUGGAAUAGUUUAAGAAUUACUUCCCCUACAUCACGGUUUGUGAAUAGAAGUGUGAAAAAGCCUGACAGCUUUAGUAUUAAAUCCGCUGAUUUAGCUUAAAUCUGUGGGAGCUGACUUUAAGGUACUUCACCCAACUUUGCACAGAAACAAUUGGGAAGAUUUUACGUACUCCACCCCACUGACUUUGCUGUGGGGAUUUUUAACUAACGGUUGAAGGGUGGUAGCAUGUCAGACCACCGCAGCUCUGUCAAAGCCCUCUUGUAGUCUGUCAGCGAAGUCUAGGGAGAAAUACUAAGAUGAUUAUUUCAGUUGGAGUAUGAACUAAAUAGUUUAACAUGUGGCAGCACGCAACAAAGUUAGAUGCAAGAACAAACUUCUUGCAGUCUUUCUUUUUCUAAGCGAAAUUGAUACUGCACUUACCCGAGAACUUCUGGCUGACAUGGAAGCUGUGUAUUUUACUGAAGACAUUCCACUCAAAGACAGUGUCAAAACAGCUUAGUGUCUGGACAGCCUGACCUGUGAAUGCCGGCCACGGUUCUGUGCGUGAUGCACUGUGCCUCCGUCUGUUUGUUUGCAUGGUGAGUGCUGGGCACUAUGAGCAGCACUGGUUUGCUCUAACUUUUGCUAUGCCAAUUCUAUGGAAUUUUUAAGUAGUUGGGGUUUUUCUGAGCCUUGACUUCAAGUGGACCAAUUGCACUGCACAUGGUUUUUAACUGACAAGUCUUAACUGUCCAUUGCAUCACAUGUAGGUGUUUGGAAGAAUUGCAUUAUUGACUCUGGCUGUAAUUUAGCCCACUAACCUGUGAAUUCCUUGUGGCCCUUGACUGCCAUAGCUUGCUGGGUGUUUAUAAAAUGAUCCUAUAAACAAAAGCCUGGGAGUUCUUUCCCUGUGUUUAUAGUGGCUAGUUAAAUGUCAGUAAGAUCCUCCUGUGUAUUCAGUUAAGUAUUAGAGGGCUGACUUCUGGCCUUCCUAACGUAGAAAACCAUCAGGUGGAGUUUUUCCUCCUCCUUAUGACAAUCAUACCUCUAUACCUGUACUGAGUACGUGCCACAAAAUGCAUGUUUCCUGUCCUGUCUUUCUGCUCAAAGUGUUAGUGGAGUAGGGCACGUCCUGCCUAGACUUGGCUGUCACUGUAGUAAUUUCUGGGUGCCAUAUGUGUACAUAAUAUUUUAUAACUACCUGAUGUUAGUAUGCUGGGUUUGUAUGUAUUUUUAAUAAGAUUUUCUCUUGCACAUAGUAGGCUACUGCUCCAGAAAUGAAGAAAACACACCACCUUCUUAGCAUGCAUUAUGAAUAACUAUGCCAAGCAUUCUGCUAUACUAUUUCAAUAUACUUUUUCUCCACUACAGUAAACGUUAAAAUCAGAACUAUUGGCUCAACUCAUGUGUCACAGAAUAGACUGACUGCUGCUGACAAACUGAGUCACAAAGAAUUGCAACUUUCUAGGUUAUUUUUAAUACAACCUUGUAACAUUCAACAGUCUUUAAAAAAAAAAAAAAAAGGCAAGCUUAAAAUAAGUGGUUUAUGGCUUAGAUUUAUCUUCAGCUACGUCCACAUUAUGUUAGGGUAGAAAUCAUAUCUCUAAUUUGACAGUCCUGAGCGGAAGUCUGAUAAAAGAGGUGCUCCAGAGGAUCUAAUCCUAUUACUAAUAUGAAUGUAAAGUGUGGAACUAACGAGAUGUUUGAUGACCAUUAAUAGUCAGAUACUCCUCAUAGGUCCAUGUCACUGUGGAUCACGGCAGCUGCACUCUCCUGUCGAUUUUAAUGUAGACUUCAGCAGGUUGCUUGGGGAAGCAGCGCUCCUGUACUUACUUCCAGUAAGGUAAAGUAGUGUGUGUGUAUAGGGUGUCUGAAACAAAUCCUACUGUAAUGUUCUUUACUUUAAAUACACUGUACUAAAGUUUAUUGUAAUAAGUGAAUUAAUGAAAAUAAACCUUUUAUUUCUCUAGCA